UAAUCAGUCUUUUGGUCACCAGUUACGCCAUAGUACUGGUUCGACAGCUACAUUCGCGUCGCUUUACAUCAUCUCAACAGUUUAGUCGCAAAACGUGUACCGCGAUGGAAGUGCUCACGCUGGUUGGCAUCUACGCGCUGCUGAUGUGGAGCUAUGACACUUUUAAAUCGCUUCUCGAACUCUGCUGGAACCUAUGGAAGGAACGCACCGAAGGUAUUGACUACGUGCGACGAUAUGGAAAAUGGGCCGUUGUCACUGGUGGUUCGGAUGGGAUUGGUCGUCAGUAUGCAGCCUUUUUCGCGAGCAAAGGGCUCAACGUUGCAGUGCUGGCCUUGGCGGAUAUGAAGCUGGAGCAAGUAGCGAAGGAAAUUCAGGAAAAGUAUGGCGUCGAAGUGAAGAAAAUUGCCGUUGAUUUUUCGAAAGGAUUCCAAGAGUACAGGCUCAUUGAAGAAAAACUUGCUGAUAUAGAAAUUGGAGUCCUCGUUAACAACGUCGGCACGGCUCAGGAUCCGGCAUAUUUCGACACCAUCGAAUGCGAAACCCACGAGCGUUUGGUCAAUAUUAACAUCAAUGCAGCCGUCAUGAUGAGCCGAAUCGUGCUGCCGCAGAUGAAACGGCGCCACCGUGGAUUGGUGAUCAACAUGUCGUCCGCCCUCGGGAUCCAUCCGGUGCCCGCCGUGUUGAUGUACGCAGCAUCGAAGGCGUUCGUGCUGAGCUUCAGCCAGGCGUUGCGUGAGGAAUUGCGCCCCUUUGGAGUCGAGUGCCAAACCGUUACUCCAUUCUUCGUGAAAACGACUUUGGCGAAGGAUUUUUUAAGGACCAAGUUGGCGUUUCUUAGCGUCGAUGUGGAUCGUUAUGGGAAGUGCCUAACAACGAUGAUCGGUAGAACGGCUCGGACAUCGGGAUAUUGGCAACAUGCACUUGAGAUAACUUUUGCCAAAUUAGCUCCUACGGAUGUGCUAUGCAGACUAUAUCAUUUGUUUAUGAGAUCGUCAUUUCCAGAAAUGAAAUGAAAAGAAAAGGUGAAGUGAAUUAUUUUAAUAUAAUGUCAUUCUUACAACUUCUCUUUCUAGUUUUUGUAAACAGGAUAUUCUUUGAUACUUGAAACUUUGAAAUAAAUCAUGGAUGUAUCUAUCGCCACAUGGAACAAAUAAUUAACCUCUAUUACGUCUGGUGGACAUCAUGUUAUUGCGUUGCGUUGCGUUGUAACGGAGUAUUUCGUAGAUUGCAAACUGAUAGCUGUCAUGUAUAUUAUUUAUCUUUCUUACCCCAACUGCUCAUGGAUUACUAUUUGGGAUUUAAUAGUAAC